AUGGGUGUUUCAGAAAAUGUCACAACACGUAUUAUCACCGCUCUAGACCCUACGAAUGACAUGAAGCUGGAAGUGCUGGACCAACAUGAAGUUGCGAAUAUAUUGAACACGACCUCAUUACCUCAACAAUAUCUUAUCCUAGACUGCCGCAGCUUUUUCGAUUACAACUAUUCGCAUAUCAAGGGGGCGAAGAAUGCGUUCUACUCCAAGAUUCUGCGACGUCGCUUCCUGAAUGGCAAGGUGGGUUUGGUUUUGGCACAAAAUUUUAAAGUUUCUUACUUUGGAGGUUGGGAGGGGGUUAUUGACUAGAUAUAAAGAAUUUUUUUGCAGUUGGGGGAGGGUAGAGGCAGGGUAGAAAAGCUUUUUUUAGUUGAGGGUGGGGGAGAGAGAAAGUAAAAAGUUUAAAAAACAGUUUUGGAUGAUGUAAAAUACGGUUAUUCAUAUGUUUAAAGUAUGUUUUAAAACAAGCUUUUUUACUUUUUGCCUGAUUUUGGCAUUGUGUUGCAAGGCUUUUCUUAUCAUCUUAAGUUAUACAAAAAAAUUUUUACAGAAUCUAAAAGUAUUGGGUUGUUCAAAUAAUUCAGUGCUCCUUUUCAACGCAAUUUUUUGGAUUUAGGGGCACAGAAUUAUUUGAACAUUAAUAUAUUCUUUGGGGCCUGUUUAAUCAUUUUUUUUAACUUUCAAUUUGCAAAUUUUUGUUAAACAAUUGAAAAUGGCUUGAAACAUUAUACCAAAAUUAGACAUAAUUUGAAAUUUUAUAUUUAAAAAUCAGGGAAUUUAAAUUUGUUAUGAUUUUUAAGUCUUACAAGUGCAUUUGUAAGUUUAUGAUGGCUAAAACUAGUUGUAAAGGCACACUGUUUUUUACCGUUUUUUGUAAGCUACAGUACUUCACUCCUCUCCCAUCCCUCUCGCAUAAAAUUUAAAGCCGUCUUUCGUCAUGAAAAACUACAGUUACAAAUUUCUUACGGUGAAUCAUCCAAUGAUGUCGUAAUUGAUCCAUAAACUUUUAACACAUGGUUAAUUUCAUCGAAAAACCACUUUCUUUUAUAAAUAACAUCAACAGUUUACUUUUCUACAAUAAUAUUAUUCUACUUUGUAAGCAAAAAAAUUUUUUCGAUGGUUAAGAAUCACAGCAAUCAAAAUUUUUUAAUUUUUUUGAAAAAUUAAAGACUAUCCUACUUUCCCCUACCCCCACUUUUUCCUACAUUGCGUUGCCUUGCCUUGCUUUGCCCUACCUUUUUUACUACAAAAUUUUUAAAACAUUGCCAUUUUCAAACAUAUCCAUUAUUCAUACAGUAAUUCCCACCCAACAAAAACAAUUAUUACUGUAAUGCCAACGCUUGUUUACACUUAAAAUUCGCAAAAGUUAUUAUUUCAGACUUCAGAUGACUAUUUGUUAAGUCAGUUAAUGAAUGGUAUUGAUAAGUGUCAACAACUCGACCGAUUUCUGAUCAUCUACGGUGUGGACGACCAAAAGUACGCCGAAAACAGUCAAGCGUUCCUGGACGUGCUGUUGCGGAGGAUCGAUGAAUAUGGACUGUUCUCAAAGGCUCUGCAUUUGAAAGGUAGGAUUUGA